ACAGCCAUAGGCCUGACUUGGUCUGCGUGAGUCCGCAAUGCUAUAAGAUGGCAUCCAGCUCUGUGUUUCUGUCCAGUAUGGUGGGUAAAGCUCGCUCCUCCAACUUCACCCUCUCCGAGAAGCUGGACCUGUUGAAGCUGGUCCGUCCUCACAUCCGCAUCCUGGAGGAGCACACCAACAAGCACGCGGUCAUCGUGGACAAGAACAAGUGUUGGGACACUGUGGCUGAGCAGUACAACGCUCUGGGAGGGGACAGACCCCAUCGUACGGCUCAGGGCCUCAGGACCCUCUACAAGAGGCUGAAGGAGUCAGCCAAGCAGGAAGUGAUGCAGCGGAGACACGCCCAGCCGGAGUACAGAGCCAGCAUCUCGGAGCCAACCAGGAGAAUUAUGGAGAUGAUCCCUCACCUGUUUCACCAUGUGCCCAUCCACGAGAAGGACCAGGCGCUGCGCAGAUUAAUAUACAGCAAGCACAACUCUCCUGUCGAGCAUCCUGGCAGCAGCUCCUCUCUGGCCGGACUCCAGGAUUACUCAGCAGCUGUCCCAAGUAUCCCUCAUGAGGUGGUCCAGCUGGACCCUGAAGAGGAUGUUAAACCACCGCCAGAUCUCCCCAUCCUCGCCACACACACUGGGCCAGGGCUGGACGGAGGCCAGGAGCGGGAGGGGGAGCAGGACUUGGGCAGCGUCCAUGAUUACGAAGCAUCCUUGUCUCCCGUUCCCUCCUCUGUUAACAUCCCCCUCUCCACCUCGCCGCUACCUUUACGUCACGACCUCUACCCCAACGACAUCUACCCUCACCACGAGACAGACAGGUUUCGCCCUCUGCACCUGGCCAAAGAGGAGCACGAGCUGGUGUUAGCAAAUCACAGGAAAGUUGCAAUGUACCUGGAGGAGAAGAGGGAGGGCCUGAAGAGGAAGCAGGAACUGGAGGAGGAACUUCUGAGAGCCAAAAUCAAAGUGGAGAAACUAAAGGCUGCUCGACUCAGACACGGAUUGCCAAUUCCUCUAUAA